AUGUCCUCGAAUCCCGUUGACACCCCUUCCGAUUCGCUGUCCCCCCCUGCGCCUCCGCCCACUAUUAAAGCAAACAUCCCGCGUUGCUUUUUUCUUUCACAUAUCCUUCCUACCUCUAUAAUGCCUAUGGCAGAUUAUCCCCAUCGCGAUCCUCGUUCGAAUAUCCUUCCUCGCAUUUCUCUAUCUGAUACCGGCAUGAAAGAUUCGAUGAACUACUUGGACACUUCGUCCUACGAUAUGUUGUCGCCAGAUUCUGAUCAGAUGAUGUUUCCUCUGGAAUUUGAAGAGGGCCCAUUGAUGAGCUCAUCCAUGGCUCCUUCAUGGGACUCCCCAAACAACUUUGCAUAUCAUCACCCAUUAUCCUCUCCUACAUCCGACCACACUUCCUCUCCACAUCGCCUCUCAGACUUUGAUAUACCAGACGCAUCACCCAGCAGCGCAUUCUAUGAUUCCGCAUUUGGACAGUUUGACGAUAUGCAUUCAAUGCUUGAUCUUGAUGGCGGCCAUUUGUCGCAUUGGCUAAACGAACCUGUACUCCAAUCACUGGAGUCUCCGACUUCUCCCAUACCAAUCCGUGGUGCUGUAUCUCAUCCACAAUCGCCACCCUCACUAUUUUCCUACCCUAGUCACAAUUACACCUUUACGCCCAACGCGUCCUUUUCGCCGUCAGAAUUUGCGCUACCGAGAUCGUUAUCGCCGGCCGACGGCUCUGAUGGUUAUCUCAGUUCACCGGGUCUUCGCGUGUCAUCCAUAUCACCUGCGGAGACUUCGCUGAGACCGCCCCCAUGGGCGACUCAAUUGUGGGAGCCGCCACAAUAUGAGGCAUCCACGUCGUCAGGGCGUGUCCAUCAGCCCCUAUCCGACCACCCUUACGGAGUCAAACGCCAACGCUACCAGCCAAGACGAGACAUGUCAGGCUUGGGUUUCCAGUCUUCUAGUGCUCCAAUGCAGAUGAACAUGCCGUCAAUGACGAGGAACUACAGUUCCCGUCGCGGCGAGUCUGUAAGCGUUAGCGAUGAUCGCGACGCAACUGUGCGCCGCAAGAAGCGGCUAUCGACUGAGGAACCUUCCAGGGAAGAGAAAUUAGCUGACUCUUCUCCUCUCAAGUCUGUCCUCAAGCAGCCGAAAUUGGCACCUAGAAGCUCAACUGUUGCACAGGCUGCUAAAGAAGCCGGUCAGGAGUAUGCGAACUUGACUCCAGAAGAGAAAGAGCCUUACAAGCGACGGUCUGCUGUUCUCAAAGAGGCUCGAGAGCGUGAAAACGCUGCGUACAUGAAGAGUCUCACUCCCGACGAUAUCAAGAGGGAGAACGCUUUCCGCACCGCACAACGGAAAGCGGGUCGUUCUAGGAAGAGUAACAUCAAGGAUCCGAAUGCGCCUAAGAAGCCUCUUAGCGCGUACUUCAUGUUCCUGCAGCGCAUUCGAUCCGAUCCUGCUCUAGUUAGGGAAAUUUUUGGUGACGAACAGGAGACGACUAAGCAAAGCGUCUUGGCCGCUGCCAAGUGGCGAUCGAUGACUGAUGAUGAGCGCAAGCCGUUCCUGGCACAAGCCGAGCAAGAGAAGCUCGAGUACGAGGCUGCACGGAGGAUGUACGAGGAAGGCACCACUGAUUUCGGCACAAGCAUUAAUUUCAGCAUCUUGCCCGGUGGCCCCGCUGAAAGUCCUUUCCGUGCCUUGCGAGCGAUCAAGACAGAACCAUUCAGUUCGGAAAGCGAGAGCGAUGGAGUCGCGGCUGAUGACAGCGUCAGUCGGUAUACUCGUCUAUGA